UCGUCUCUUCUCUCUCUCUCUGAUCUCUCUCUAACCUCUUCUAUACAUGUCUAAGAAUUUUUAUAUUUAAAGAGCUGCAAGUGGUUCAAACUGUGGCCUCUGACCGAGAAAGAGAGUUGAUGAAGUAGUGCAACGGAUCAGAGAUGUUGUGGCUAUUUUGUUGGUUCGUGUUGCUGUUGAAGUCUUUAGGCUCAGUUCAUGGAGGCAACAUAACAUACGAUGGAAGAUCUUUAAUCAUCAAUGGCCAUCACAAGAUUCUCUUCUCCGGCUCAAUCCACUAUCCUCGUAGCACUCCGGAGAUGUGGCCAUCUUUGAUUGGGAAAGCCAAAGAAGGGGGAAUAGAUGUGAUACAAACCUAUGUGUUUUGGAACCUUCAUGAGCCCCAGCAAGGACAGUUUGAUUUUAGUGGAAGACGUGAUUUAGUAAGGUUCAUUAAGGAAAUCCAAGCACAAGGCCUAUAUGUGUGCCUUAGAAUGGGACCGUUUAUCGAGGCUGAAUGGUCUUAUGGGGGCCUACCGUUUUGGUUACAUGACAUUCCCGGCAUUAUCUUCCGAUCUGAUAACGAACCCUUCAAGUUUCACAUGAAGAGGUUUGCAAAGAACAUUGUAGGCAUGAUGAAAUCGGAAGGACUGUAUGCUUCACAAGGAGGGCCAAUUAUACUAUCACAGAUUGAGAACGAGUACAUGUUGGUAGAAGCAGCUUUUCAUGAGAAAGGGCCGCCUUACGUUCGUUGGGCUGCAAACAUGGCUGUGGGGCUUCAAACUGGUGUCCCCUGGGCAAUGUGUAAGCAAGAUGAUGCCCCUGACCCAGUGAUAAAUUCAUGCAAUGGGAUGAGAUGUGGAGAAACAUUUGCUGGACCCAACUCGCCAAAUAAGCCAGCAUUGUGGACGGAGAACUGGACAAGUUUCUAUCAAACAUACGGUGAAGAAACAUACAUGAGGUCAGCUGCACACAUUGCAUUUCACGUUGCAUUGUUCAUCGCAAAGAAAGGAAGCUACGUUAAUUAUUACAUGUAUCAUGGAGGCACCAAUUUUGGAAGAACAGGCUCUGCGUAUAUAAUCCCAAGUUAUUAUGAUCAAGCUCCUCUUGAUGAGUAUGGUUUAAUUAGACAACCAAAAUGGGGUCAUCUUAAGGAGCUGCAUGCUGCUAUAGAGUUAAGCUCAAGCCCUUUACUUUCAGGAGCACACACUGCAUUUCCUUUGGGUGAACUGCAACAAGCUUAUGUCUUCAAAAGUGACGCAGGAGAAUGUGCUGCCUUUUUGGUAAACAAUGAGACGAGUGAUGUGAAAGUUGUCUUUCAGAAUUUUUCAUAUGAAUUGCCUCGAAAUUCAAUCAGUAUCCUACCAGAUUGCAAGACCGUAAUCUUCAACACUGCAAAGGUAAGCACACAACAUAAUACAAGAUCAGUGAUCUCGAGCCAAAAGUUUGACUCAAUUGAACAAUGGGAAGAGUACAAAGAAGUUAUUCCCGACUUUCACGAGACUUCAUUAAGAGCAAAAAAAUUGUUUGAGCAAAUGAAUACAACAAAAGAUUCAUCUGAUUAUCUUUGGUACACUUUCAGGUUUCAACAUGAUAGCCCAAGUGCUCAAUCCAUACUCAAUGUUGCUUCCUGUGGACAUGUUCUGCAUGCCUUUUUAAAUGGAGGUCACGCAGGAUCUGCUCAUGGAAGUCGCCAGAAAAAAACUUUCACCCUGAAGAAUAGUGUGAGGUUAAGAAAUGGGACAAAUUUCAUCUCCUUACUCAGUGUAAUGGUUGGAUUGCCGGAUUCAGGAGCAUUUCUCGAGCAUAGAGUUGCAGGCUUGCGCCGAGUAAGAGUCCAAGGCAAAGAUUUAUCUAACCACCCAUGGGGAUAUCAGGUUGGAUUGUCAGGAGAGAAACUGCAAAUAUAUACAGAUCUUGGAUCAAGACAAAUACAAUGGAGAAGGUUUGGAAUCUCUACUCAUCAAAGACCCACAUGGUAUAAGACUACGUUUGAUGAACCUGCUGGAAACAACCCCGUUGCACUGAACCUCGGUUCCAUGGGAAAAGGAGAAGCUUGGGUCAAUGGCCAGAGCAUUGGUCGAUAUUGGGUAUCAUACCGCACCUCAAAAGGAAAUCCUUCACAAACAUGGUACCAUGUACCUCGAUCCUUCCUCAAGCCUAAAGGCAACCUAUUAGUUCUACUAGAAGAAGAAAGAGGGUACCCCUUGGGGAUUUUCCUGGACACAAUUUCAAUAACAAAAGUAUGUGGCCUUGUGUCUGGUUCCCAUUUGCCCUCAGUUACUUCAUGGAGGAGACAAGAUGGAAGUGGAAAAAUCUAUCAAAAGAAACCUGACAGAAGGCCUAAACUUCAGCUCGACUGUCCUCCAAAACAUAUCAUAUCCAAGAUCUUAUUUGCAAGCUUUGGAACACCUUCUGGGGAUUGUGAGAGUUAUGAUAUUGGAAGCUGUCAUUCAUCUAAUUCCAGAGACAUUGUAGAAAAGGCAUGUCUAGGAAAGAAUAGAUGCUCCCUCAUUGUAUCAAGUCAUACUUUUGGUGGCGAUUGGUGCCCAGGCAUUCCUAAAGCUCUAUUGGUUGAUGCACAAUGCUCCUGACCCUGGAUAAUUUAGUACCAUCUUUUACAUGGAGGAGAUUCAAACUAUCAAUUCCUAUUUUUACCCAUAGAUCUAUAAAUAAGUAACUAAAGACAUCAUCACUAUUGAAUUAUAAUUUUUUAUUGAUGAUCGGA